GCUCCCCAUUUGCAAGGAUGAAGACAAAAAACCCUCGAGAAAGCAACUCCAACCCCAAAAGCUCAAGUAGCCAACCACAUAUACAUACACCACCAUUUUUGGGCACCAACAAUGGUUCUUAUACAAAACCCAUCAGACCCAUCAUCCUAAAAAUUUUAGUUCCUCUAAAUUAAAGGCCAUCGUAGCAUUCUUAUUCUUUCUUGCAGAGAGAGCAAUAGGAGGAUGUCUGUUCUGGCAGCAAAUUCUCACAUUUUGUGUAGAGAAGUUCAUCGCAGGGAGCAUCAACAACAGUUUUGGAGCGCUGCAGGGGGCAGUUGUGUUUUGCCGAAAUCUUCUGGGUUUGGUUUCUUCCAUCGAAACAGAGACAGCAAGAAGAUAUUGAGAAGAGACUUGAAAGUAGAGGCCUUUUGGCCAGAGUCCAGACCCACUUUUGUAGAGAUGGAACCUAUAAACGACUCUGAUCACCUUGAUCAUAUAUUAAGCCAUGCUCAACAGCUCUCCCAGCCCAUCGUUAUUGAUUGGAUGGCAGCUUGGUGCCGCAAAUGCAUCUAUUUGAAGCCCAAAUUGGAGAAAUUGGCUGCUGAAUAUGAAACCAAGGCCAAAUUCUAUUAUGUAGAUGUCAACAAGGUGCCUCAAACUCUAGUGAAACGCGGAAAUAUCUCUAAAAUGCCAACCAUUCAGUUGUGGAAAGAUGGAGAGUUCAAGGAAGAAGUUGUUGGAGGUCAUAAAGCAUGGCUUGUGAUUGAUGAAGUGCGAGAAAUGAUCCAAAAAUUUGUAUGAUUUUUGUUGUUCUGAUCUCUCUCCCCCCUUCUGGUCUUGUUAUCUGUUUUUCAUUUUUCCUUUUUGGGCCACUCCUCUAUUCUUGUACUCUUUUUCCAAGAUAAUAUAUAGUGAAAGAACAACAUGUACAGCCAAAUUUCUUCACAUCCUUUUUUUUUUUCCUUCUUUUUUUGGGUACAGUACAUCUUGUUUCGUAUCUGUAAGGAGGAACUAAAGUUGCGUGCUCAAAAAUUGGCCUGUUUCUGUUUCUUGGCAGAUAAA